AAUGCCACCCCUAAGUUUGAAGCUUCACAGCUUGUUCUUCAAGUACCAUCUCAGACACCAAUUACACAACCUAACCCAAUCAGCGCAACUCCAAAACACAGACCCGAAAUUUGGCAUCACUUCCCGCCCCGAAGAGCCCGUCGUUCCCGCCAACCCCACUUUCCAAAACGGCGUCGCCACCAAAAACAUACACAUCGACCCCAACUCCUCCCUCUCCCUCCGCAUCUUCUUACCUGACACCGUCCUCCCCCUCAAAGCACCAAAUCCCACGUCUCGUGUCGGCGCCCUGUUGUCUCCCUCCCCUGUCUGCUCUAACUCCGACGAUGGUGUCGUGUACAGGGGAUAUUCUCCCGAUCAGUUAGUGGGGAGGCGACACCGGAAGGUUCCGAUAUUUUUGCAGUUUCACGGAGGUGGGUUUGUGAGCGGGAGCAACGACACGUCGUGGAACGACGCGUUCUGCAGGAGGAUGGCGAAGCUGUGUGACGCGAUCGUGGUGGCGGUGGGGUAUAGGCUGGCGCCGGAGAGUCCAUACCCAGCGGCGUUUGAGGACGGGGUUACGGUGUUGAAGUGGGUAGCAAAGCAGGCCAACUUGGCCUUGGUUCAAAAGGGACGGAGUCGUAUCUUUGACAGCUUUGGGUCUUCGAUGGUUGAGCCAUGGUUGGCUGCUCAUGGAGAUCCAUCUAGAUGUGUACUUCUUGGAGUGAGCUGUGGAGCUAACUUGGCAGACUAUGUCGCUCGGAAGGCUGUGGAGGCAGGCGACCUCUUGGACCCGAUAAAGGUGGUAGCACAAGUACUAAUGUACCCCUUUUUCAUUGGAAGCACUCCCACCAGGUCUGAGAUUAAGCUAGCCAACUCCUACUUAUUCGACAAGGCUACGUGUAUGCUAGCAUGGAAGCUAUUUCAAACAGAGGAAGAGUUUGAUUUAGACCAUCCCGCCGGCAACCCCCUCAUGCCUGCAGGGAGAGGGCCACCCUUAAAGACCAUGCCUCCGACACUUACAGUUGUCGCGCAGCAUGAUUGGAUGCGCGAUCGUGGCAUUGCUUACUCCGAAGAAUUGAGGAAGGCUAAUGUGGAUGCACCUCUUUUAGAUUACAAGGAUACUGUGCACGAGUUUGCUACUCUUGAUGUGCUCCUUGAGACGCCCCAGGCCAAGGCUUGUGCAGAGGAUAUCACUAUAUGGGUCAAGAAGUAUAUAUCACUCAGAGGCCAUGAGUUUUCUUAUUGAUUGUGAAUAUGUGAUAAGUUCCGAAGUUGUUCAAAUUGAAGCACAUAUGAACAUGCAUUUGAACAGCUUCGGGACAACGAAAGUGAACAUUUUUGUGUACAAAAUCAUGUCAGUUCAAAUUUUUUUACAUAGUUUUCAUCAGAUUAGUUUUGAGAUAUCUGAUCCUUAUUGAGCUGUGCAUUGCACCCUGC